AUGUGGCUUGACUACCUAGUACCGCCCGCCGAAGGAGAGUGCCACUUUUACAGGCUCUCUGGCACGGGGCGAACGCGUGUGGUGAGACGCUAUGAGGUGGAAGGGCUAGCGGGCGAGUCUGUCCUCCUGCCGUGCGAGGUGGACAAGGCUUCCUGCGGGAACUUCCACAACAUCAAGUGGUACAAGGGCGUGGAGCGAGUGUUCAUUUUCUCCGACAUGGCCAAUGUGAGGAGAGCGGAGGGCAGAACGCACUUCCACUACGCGGCCAACGGCACCGACAGCAGCCUUCAGAUCUUCCCGCUCCGGACAGAGGACGAAGGGAUGUACAAGUGCGAGAUUACGUACCUGGCCGUCAGGGAUUCGUGCUCCGUCGUGCAGUUCGUUAACCUCACUACGUACGCUCUCCCGACGUUCCAGCGGCUGUCGUUCGAGGACGGCUCCCCGAUCGACAACGGCACCGAGAUCGGGCCGUUCGACGAGGACACGACGCUCACCCUCGUCUGCGAAUCGGGCGGAGGCAAACCCGUCGCCAAAGUCACCUGGUGGAACGGCAGCCAAGCGCUCGCAGGCAAAUACUCGGAGACCUUCGACGAGGACGGGUCGGGUCUCGGCAGGAACGUCCUCCAGGUAUCUCUGACCCGGGAUGACCUCGGCUCGGUCUUCACCUGCGAGGCCGAGAACGCGGCUAUGACCUCGCCCUUCGUGGCCUCCGUCAGCGUCGACGUGAAUGUGCCACCGCUGAGCAUGGACGUGACAGGUGCCGAGGAGGCAGUACUUGAAGGCGAGACGGUGACACUGUUGUGUGAGGUGCGUGGUGCCCGCCCGCCCGCCACCAUCACCUGGAUGAACGGCACAGUGCCAGUUGAAGAGGCACCCACCGUAGUUAACGUGCAGGAGGAGUCCGUGGAGAUCCGUCUUGACGACAACACCUACAAGACACAAAGUCAGCUGACCUUCGAAGCCACAAGGUUCGAAAACGGACAAAUGUUUUCGUGCGAAGCCACCAACUCGGUGCUGGAGAACCGGAACGAACAACCAAUGAAAAGCGAGGUUGCUCUCAAUGUUCACUACGCCCCCGUGGUGAGGGUGAGUCCCGAGAACAUCAUGAAUGAGUCGAUGGACAUCCUCGUUUUCUGCCAGUACGAUGCGAAUCCUCCAGAGCUGACUCAUGUCUAUUGGUACCAGGACAACAACCAGGUGGACGUGGCCGGAUAUCCCGAGAAAUACGGGAACGGCAACGUCGACCAUCCGUCUCUGCUCAUCAAGAACAGCUCUGCCUCGGACAUGGGCGAUUACACAUGCCGGGUCGCUAAUAAGAUUGGGUCAUCGGAGGUCAUCAACAUGGCGUCGGUCAGCGUCCAGUUCCGGCCUCAGGUUCACGUGCUCAUGGAACCGUCUGAGCCUGUGUCGGAGGAAGCGCGACUCAACGUGACCCUUAUAUGCGACGUCGUAAGGGCCAACCCCGAGUUCCUGGUGCGCGUGCGCUGGUACCUCGAUGGAGAACUGCUGAAGGAACUCCCCGAGUGCUACGGCAACAACUCGCUUUACGACCGCGAUUCUGACCUCUGCGACAUCGACCCCUCGCGCCUGCUGCUGGAGAACGUGUACAGGGACUUCCAGGGCAACUACUCGUGUGAGGGCAUGAACGACGCCGGGUGGGGAGCGAGGUCAAACGAGGCCGAGCUGGUGGUCCAUUAUCCUCCGGGAAAAGCCACCAUUGCUUAUAGACCUCCCAUGGCUGUGAAGGGCAUCUCGCUGGAGCUCACCUGCAGCGUGCAGGACCCCGGCCAGCCCGAAGCGACGGAGUUCAUCUGGUACCGCGGCGCCCAUCGCGUUCCCGACGAGACCUCGGCCACGUGGAUCAUCGACCCCGUGUCCCUGGAGACCGAGGACGAGUUCACGUGCAUCCCCGUCAACAGCGAGGGCUCGGGCGAGAACGCCACCACCAGGAUUGAUGUUCUGGCCGCGCCGUUCUUCAUCGAGCGUCUGCCUCCCUACUACGGCGCCCUCAUGAAUGCCGAGGAGGUCUCGCUGUCGUGCCGCGUCGAGUGCUCGCCGCUGUGCUCCAUCGAGUGGUUCAAGGAGGACGUCCCUCUGCACAACGACACCUACUACAUCAUCAGGACGGAGACCAUCCCGCCCAAUCCUUCGUCGGGUGACCUCGAGAGCGUGCGGUCCUUCCUUACCUGGAGGAUGAACAGGUGGCCCGAGGGCGUCCUGGACCGGGAGCAAGACAACGCCAAUUACACCUGCUCCUCCACGCCCAACGUCGCCGGCCCAGCGGUCUCGUCGCGGACUUAUUUCAGAGUGGAAUACCCCCCCGAGGAGAUCAUCGUGUCGGAGUCGUUCAUCCAGGUGGUGGAGGGCGAGGUCCCCCCCAAGGUCGAGUGCCGGGCCUCCAGCUACCCGGAGGCCACGUACGUCUGGUUCCACGGCGAGGAGGCUGUGUCGAGCAACGCCGUCCUCAACACCGACUACCCGAUCGAGCGCAACCGGGCCGGCGAUUACGUGUGCGUCGCCAAGAACCGCCAUGGAGAGAUGACCGCGUCGACCAACUUCGACGUCCUGUUCAAACCAGAAUGCAAGAUCGACCGAGAAGACCGAGGAAGCGGCGAAGAUGCUGAGAUUCUGCUCAUCUGCCGAGCCUCCGCCAACCCCGAGGAUGUCGUUUUCAGAUGGCGCCUAUUGAACGAGACCCUGACAGACCACGUGACGUCCAAGGGCCUCACGUCCUUCCUGCGCCUCCCCGCCACGGCGGAAUCCCGAGGAACCUAUUACUGUUACGUCAAUAACACCAUCGGCGAGAGCAUCCCCUGCGAGAUCGACGUAACAGGUGUCGCAGGCAUCAUUGAGAAGCUCGGAAAUGACAAGAUCAUCACCAUAUCCGCCAUCGUCGCUGCCGUCGUCGUCCUGGUCCUCAUCAUAUGCGUCGCCAUCAUCGUUAUUUGCCGUAGACAAAGACAAGUCGGAAAAUACCCAGAGCCUUCUAAGACCCCGACCGCCGGGCCAAAGGAUAAUGGAGUCCCUUCACCGCCUGACGAAGACAAACAGACCUUCUACGAGAACUUGCCUUUCCACGGAAUGCAGCCGCCACCAAAUAAGGACGCUCCAGACGCCGCCCUGACUGCUGGCGGGGGAAGCAGACCUCCCAGUCAGCUGAGUCAGCAGGCGUCGUCGGGCUACGGGUCCACUCGCAGCCGGAAAGACGUCACUCUGACGCAGUGCUCGGAGGAGGGCUCAAAGGGCAAGCGCCACGACGUGAGCUUCCAGCAGGACGUCGAGGACAGCACGGGAGGAUUCAGCCGGCUCAGGAGGCAGAACUCCGAGUCCUACGGCUCGAUGAGGAGCACCUCGGAGAAGUCGGCGAAGAGCGCCCUGGCGAGGACGGCGGCGUACUUCUCCAUGCGGCUGCCUGGCGCGGCCAAGAGGAAGCAGCGCAAGAAGAGCCAGGGCGAGGAGAACCACCAGAUGAUCGACAAGCAGAAGCCCAUCAAAGCCGUGCCGUCGAGAGACUCUACCGCCUCGACGACGCCGCUGAGAGGCUCGGAAGACGCGCCCCCGGCGGCCUCGUCGCCGGAGCAGCAGACGACCCACUUCUCCACCGAGUCCAAGCACAGCGUCACCUCGCAGCCCACCAACAGCACAGUCAUUGUCGAGUCCAGCCAGACGUCGAAGCUCACGGUCGUCACGCGGCCCUUUUCGAGAGCGGAGUCCAACAACAAUUCCAUCUUCGGCGAGAGCGCGCCGCACCCGAGCGGUCUCCGGCCCACUAGAAGCACCAAAGUCUCCCAGCAAGAGCCCUCCUCCGACCCACGCACUGGUGACGUCACGGGGAGCACAGACACCUUGCCGACCCCAGCGCCACGGAACGGCGGUGGCGGAAAGCAAAAACACACGUACCAAAAUAUCCCUCUCCCUGCCAAGGAUAAGAGUAAGAAUGGCCAGCCAACCCAACAUGAUUCAUCCGAGAACCGAAAGACUGCCAGCUACGGGUCAUCCCAGCAUCAGAAUCCUACGCCUAGCUCCUCCUCCUCCUCCUCCUCUCCGUCCUCAUAUCACUACCAGCCUCAGUACCAACAGCACUACCAAAGACAGCCAUCUUUGUAUAAACAGUAUCCUUCAUCAUCAUCCAUAAAUCAGACUCAUCCAUCGUACCCAUCCUCACGACAGCCAUACUCAUCAUCCACAUACCCCCACAGCUCGGAGAGCCAGUCUCACGCGACGUCAUAUCCCAGUACCCAAUCACAUCCUGCCACGUCAUACCCCAGCAGCCAGUCACAUCCUGCCACGUCAUAUCUCAACACCCAAUCAUCAUAUCCCUCAAAAAGCCAAUCACAUCUCCCGAAAUACGCGCCAGGAGUUGUGUACGCUGACCUAGCCUUAUCCCGUAAUGGCCAUCCUCACUCGUAUAGAAGAGAUCUCAACACAGAGUAUGCCAUCCUCCAGUUUAAUGGCCCGAUUGUGGGCCAGGAAAUCGACGUAUAGAGCCGUUCCUGACUGACCUGGGCGGCGGGGACCUGGAGUACGCCGACGUCGACUACGCGACCUACACCUACGGCCCCAUCCCGUACAAGGCCGCCUCCGUCGCCAACGCCCAGGAGAAGAAAGCCGAGCACGAAGCCGA